AUGCAAGCGUACAUCAUCAAAUUCAACAUGAACUUGGAGUUCUAUGUCCCAUUCGAGGCUCCCCUCACAGUUGGCGAAGUCAAAGACGAGAUGUUCCUUCAGCUCGAGAUCCCAUCCAACAAAAUGAUCCUUAUCUACAAUGGUCAGAUCCUUAAGGACAAAGUCUUACUCUCAGAUCUUGGUGUCAAGGAUGGAUCCAUUCUUUUCUUACAGGUUCCCCGCUACGAAAACAUCUUCCUUCAGUCACCAAAGCGCAUGCUCAACGAAGUUCUCUCUAUCUUCCAGAGCAUCAACAUCAUUCCAGAUGAAUCAUUAUUAGAUGCUAUCCAGACAAUCAAGAAGUACAUCGAAUCCCCAAUUCUUAAGGCUUUCUCCAAAGUUCUUCCAGAAAUUACAGAAAUUUUCGAAGAAAUCGAAAAUUACAUUCAAGAAAUUGAAUGCCCAUAUGAUGACUCUGUUAUCGAAACAAUCUCAAGAAUCCACGAUAACUCCUUCUACAACUCCGAAUUCUUCGAGAGCGAUUGCGGCGCAGUUAUGAAACUUGAAUCCAACGAAGUUUCUCUUUAUGAGACAAAGUGCCAAUGCAAGCUUGAACCUCAGGAAGAUAUCGAAAUUUCAGACUUAUCGUUAUCAGAUGAAGAAGAACCAACAAAUCUUAACUACACACCUUGCAUCAGCACAGCUCCCCUUCCAUUAUACGACCCAGAUGCCUGCAAAUAUUCCUCAAUCUUUUAA